AUGGCCAAGACAGUCCUCAUUACAGGUGCCUCUGGGUACAUCGCAACUCAUACAAUUGACUCUUUUCUCCGCCAGGGAUACAUUGUCCGUGGAACUGUCCGGUCCCAGAAUUCAGCAUCAGAGGUUCUAAAGACACACGCCAAGUAUCCCGGGCAAUUGACGACGGUCAUUGUCCCAGACAUCGCAGCGCCCAACGCAUUUGACGAAGCUGUUAAGGGUGUAGAUGGCAUUAUCCAUUUAGCCUCACCAUUCAUCACAAAUGCCGUUGAUUUCGACAAGGAGCUCUUCCAACCAGCUAUCAAGGGAACCACCAGUGUCUUGGAGUCCGCCCACAAAUACAACCCUGACAUCUCCAGGGUUGUCAUCACCUCGUCAUUCGCCUCGGUCCUUGACCCGGCCCAGGGUACUCGACCUGGCUACACCUACACUGAAGCAGACUGGAACCCAGUCACUCCUGAGACAGCCUCAGCCAAUCCGGUUGUGGCAUACCUCGCCUCCAAAACCUUCGCAGAGAAAGCUGCCUGGGACUUCGUUAGGUAUAAAAAGCCAAACUUUGACAUCACCACACUUUUACCCCCUAUGGUCUACGGUCCAGCCGAUCAGCAUGUUGAAGACGCUACCAAGCUGAACACCUCCUCGGCGGAUAUCUACAGACUCAUCGAUGGUUCUGAGAAGGAAGUGCCUGAUACAUCUUUCUGGGCGUUUGCCGAUGUCCGUGACCUCGCCGAGGCUCACGUGAGAGCAUUCGAGAGGCCCGAGGCAGCUGGCCAGCGCUACCUUAUCACCAGCUCAGGCUACAGCUACCAGAACGUUGUCGACAUCAUUCGUGAAAAGUUCCCAGAGCUACGUGAGAAGACUCCUCAAGGCAACACCGGGGCUCCUCUUCCCCCAGUCUACCGUCUUGACACAUCCAAGGCCGUUGAGGAGCUCGGCAUGACAUUCAGGACUCUGGAGGAAACCAUUGUGGACACUGUCAACAGCUUUGCAAAGCUGCAACAAUAG